UCCCCCCCCCCCCCCAAGGCCCCACCACACCAUCACCCCCGACUUUUGUUAUUGAUCUUUAUCUUUUGUUAAUUCAGGGUCGAGAAUCAACACAGCGAUCAAAACAUGGGUGGCGACAAGGAGGCAACCUCCUCGUCCCAGCGUCUCAGGCAGCCGCCCCUGACGGAGAACACGCCGCUGAUCGGAGACCCCAAGCCGCUGUCGUCCCAAUCCAAGACCUUCGCCAACGUCUUUAUCGCCGUCGUCGGAGCCGGCGUUCUUGGCCUCCCGUAUUCCUUCAAGCGCACCGGGUGGCUCAUGAGCCUCCUCACGCUCCUACUCGUUGCGUUCCUCACCCACCAUUGCAUGAUGCUGAUUGUUUAUACCAGAAGAAAGCUCGAGUCUUCCAAUGGGUUCACAAAGAUCCCGUCUUUUGGGGAUUUGGGUUUCGCCGUCUGCGGCGUUUGGGGGCGCUUGCUGGUGGAUGUUCUGAUCAUUCUCGCUCAGGCCGGGUUCUGCGUCGGGUAUCUCAUUUUCAUCGGCAAUACUUUAGCACAUUUGCUCAAUGCACCCACAGCAUCCGAUUUGACACCCCAGAUUUUGGGAUUGGCACCCAAAAGCUUCUACAUUUGGGGGUGUUUUCCCUUCCAAUUGGGGUUGAAUUCGAUUGCAACACUGACCCAUUUGGCCCCGUUGAGUAUUUUUGCUGAUGUGAUUGAUCUCGGAGCAAUGGGGGUUGUGAUGGUGGAGGAUGUGGUGGUUAUGUUGAAAAAAAUGCCGGAAGUGAAGGCAUUUGGAGACCUUUCUCUGUUCUUUUACGGACUAGGCGUGGCGGUGUACUCCUUCGAAGGGGUUGGGAUGGUUCUGCCAUUGGAGUCCGAGGCGAAAGACAAGGACAAGUUUGGGAAGGUUCUGGCUUGGACAAUGACAUUCAUUUCUCUCAUGUAUGGAAGCUUUGGAGCUCUUGGUUAUUUUGCAUUUGGGGACCAAACCAAGGAUAUGAUCACGGCUAAUUACGGUGCAGGAUUGAUUAGUACCCUGGUGAAGCUUGGCCUUGUGGUGAAUCUGUUCUUCACAUUGCCUAUUAUGAUGAACCCGGUGUAUGAGAUUGUCGAAAGGCGGUUUUGGGGAGGGAGGUAUUGCUUGUGGAUGAGAUGGGUGCUGGUUUUGGCAGUGAUAUUGGUGGCAUUGUUGGUCCCCAAUUUCGCGGAUUUCAUGUCGUUGGUGGGGAGUGGUGUGUGCUGUGCAUUAGGGUUUGUGGUGCCGACUCUGUUUCAUCUGAUCGUGUUCAAGAGUGAGAUGGGGUGGGGGCAAUGGUGCUCUGAUGUGAGCAUUUUGGUGUUGGGAGUUGUUCUUGCGGUUUCAGGAACUUGGUCUGCUCUCCAGGAGAUAUUUGCUGCCAAAGUAUAGGAGGGUUAUACGAGUUGAUGUGUAUUUUGAUUAGCAUAGAUUGAAUGAUUUUAUCUGUAUGACUAAAAGAUUUGUCAUCACAGUUUGAUUGCAUCAUUAUUCAAAACCUGUAAAGGUCUGAUGUUUAGAGAAAUUUACCACAAUCUAAUGAAGGGCUUGCAUUGCCAUUUGUCACGGAAAAUGUUUGAGUUUUUGAUUUGGGAGCU